CACCUCUACACACAUAGGCCCCCUUCUCUUCGGCUUGUUGCCGUUUAAAGGAGGUUAUUUCCCGGACACAGUCAAUACUUUGAGAGCCAUCGAGUCUAUUUUUACUCUCCAUCCGUGAGUGCCACACGUCCCCCUCCCCCUGGCCACUUUUGGAGCGCCUCUUGACCGUCAACUUCUAGCUAGCUUGGCCAGGAGCGACCUAGCUCACUCACGCCCACUUCUGCCCGCACUCGCUGGACGUCGACCCUCUAUUGAUGGAUGUGUCUUGCAGUCCCAUGGGAGACACCUUUUCUUUGAGGCCCUUUUUAAAUGCUUUUUGAACUGAAUCCUUGAGAGGGACGCCAUGGAGGAGCUGGUCCUGGAGCCCAGGUCGGAGCGGAUCGCCCGCUACAAGGCGGAGAGGAGGCGGGAACUGGCCGAGCGCUUCGGCAACAUGGAGGACUUGACCCCCCAGCGGGUGAACAGAGAGGUGAAGGACCCCCGCUCACAUGGCCAGGAAGUGAACGGAAAGAUACACGGGGUCCAGAAUGGGUCGGACCCUCUUUCAGAAUCCACCGGCUCCACAGGGAAGUGUUCUCAGGACUGUGCCAACAUGCCAGGAGGGGAAGGGCACCAAGUCCAGCAGCUCCACACUCGGGUGUCAGUCGGCCAGCUGAGGAGUGCUCUUCUACAGCAGGCUGAUAUUGGUGAAGAGACGUCGGACAAAGCCUGUGCGGAUGACGGCCGAGCCACUUCCUCUCUGGACCUGGCGUUGAAGCCGGCCUCAGACGGGGCUCACCGCCGCCGCACCCGACGUUACCUCCCCGGCGGGUCGAGCGGCGCCCGCAAGAACAACGAGCGCUUCAGGACUCAGCCGAUCACGGCCAAUGAGAUGGAGCAUACUAGCGUGCCGGUGGAUGCCGAGGAAGAGAAGAGUGAAGCAGACGUGAAAACAGACGAAAGAGCCCAAAUGAGCGUGGCGGCCAAGAUGUCUUUAUUUAAAGAAAUGGAAAAGACGUCCGCCCCAGAGGCCUCAGCCUUCCUCAAGCCUCGCUCGGGAAGCAUCUGCCACGAGCGUAGGGCACGCCGUGGCAAUGACCAUCGCUUCCUCACUCAACCAAUCACCUGCGAGGAAAUGGUGGCCGUCAGUUUGCCCCCAGCAGCACCAGAGGUGGCCGACCCUCCACAGGCCGAGCCAUCAGAGGGCGACGACGAGGGCUGCAAGCUGAGCGUGAGCGAGAAGCUUGCACUCUUCAACAAACUCUCCCUGCCGGAGACGCCAAGGCCCGCGCACGGCGACGGGCCCCCGGAGAGGCGCAGGCAGAAGGGGGCCCGCUACCGCACCCAACCCAUCACGGUGGAGGAAGUCACCCUGCUCCAGAAAGUCCCGGUGCAGCUUCCCGCCUUGUGUUUGUCCUCUCAGCUGUCUGACAAACAGCAGUCCUCGUCCGUCAACCUAAAGCCCAGCGAGCUACGCCUCACCCAGUCGAAACCCGACAUCAGUCCUGUACAGGUUUCGGCCGCCGAGCAAGGGAUGCAGCGCUGCGACUCCGAACCUGGUCUGAGAGGCAUCCUCAAGCGGAGCCGCUCGGAGCGCUGCAGGACAACGUGCGCCAACAUGGAUGCCCCUCAGAAACACAAUGGCGCUGUCCCGCACGGAGACGAAGCAUGUGAGGCGAGGACAGACGGGCCGACGUUGCGGCGGGCGAAACGUGAGGUUUCGGGGGAGGAUGCAGGCCCCCUGAUGGGUGCCCCUUGGAGGCAGAGGCCUCGAAGCAGGCGGGAGACGAUCGCCUUCACGCCAGCGCGACCACUGUCAGUAAAUCUUCAUCAGCAGGAGGAGAAACCACAUCAGAGGACACCAGACACCACUACUUUCCUGGAACACACUGAAAGGCACAAUAAUGCCGCCGCCCCAGUGAAUGGCAGCAGUGAAGUGCACCAGAUGAUCAUCGGUGGCAAGGGAGAAAACUCUCACCCAGAGGGAGUGAAGCCUCAGUGUUGGGAGCCCGUCUUUGCCUCUGUCUUUUCUAACAGCACACCUCAGUACGUCAUGUGUUUCAACCAGACCAACCAGUCCUUUGAAGCACAAGAGGUGGCCUCUCCAACAAAGAGUCCACCGCUGUGGAAAGAAAAGGUUGAAGAGGACAAUGACAACAACGGUCGGUCGAUUGAGGCAGAAGAAACGAGAGCCAUUGCAGCUCCAGAAUUAAACAGAAACCACCCCAGCUGUAACGAGACUCAAUCUACAGAAGCUUCACCUUGCACACUUGCGGCAGAUAACCAGGAAGAGAUGCCUCCCGAGAAUGGCUUCUGCACCCGCCAAACCUCCUUAGGGGGGCGGGACCUGGACCUGCUCUGCCAGACCAACACUCCAAUGCUGACCUCAGCCGUCGCAGAGCAUCGUCGGGCCGUACGUCCAUCCCGUCGCACGCAGGGAUCCCGCAACCCUCUUCGGGCUCUGGCAGCCCGCGAGGACGUCAGGCAGGACUUCAUGGAACUCAACACAUCGUCGGAGGAAGCGACAGUGUCAGAGAAAAAGUCAAAGAACUCCUCCUCAUCCUCGCCAGAUCCUCAGGAGUCUCAUCCACCCUUUACUAGUCCCAUGCUGCUUUUCAUAAAAGGAAGGCAGCACGUCCAGGUCCGCCUGGCCAAGCCCUCGGCAAGCUCCUUAAACAGCGGAGACUGUUUCCUGCUGGUGACCGCCGAGAACUGCAUCCUGUGGAGUGGAAAAUCGGCCAACGAGAAGGAGAAAGCGAAGGCUACAGAGUUGGCGUCUUUCAUUCAGAGUCAGAAGGACCUCGGCUGUCAGGCCGCCCGGGUGGUCCACCUGGAGGAGGGGUGUAACUGUGAAGGCAGCCUGGCCACUGACUUCUGGAGUAUUCUGGGUGGAAGGACAUCUUACAGAGCGGAGUCUUCACUAGAGGACGAUGAGCUGUACGAGCGCGGCAUUGUGGACUCCAACUGUGUUUAUAGGCUCAUGGAGAACCGUCUGGUACCUCACGAACAGGCCUGGUCCUCCAUGCCCAGCAUUAGCCUGCUCAAGUCUAGUGAGGCACUGGUGUUUGACUUUGGCAGCGAAGUGUACCUGUGGCUGGGAAAAAACGUCCCCGCCAGCACCCGGAAGGUGGCGCUCCAGCUGAGUCGACAGGUGUGGGUCGGUGCCUACGACUACAGCAACUGUCGAGUCAACCCGCUGGAUCCCACGCGGAGCAGCGUCAGCACGCAACUGAGGGGUGAAGGGCGCCCCGGCUGGGCUCUGUUUGGCGUCCUUUUGGAGCACAAAGAGACAUGUCUGUUCAAAGAGAAGUUUGUUGACUGGACAGGAAGAGUCGAGGAAGAAGCUGUCCCAUUGACCAAUGACACUCAGACACAGUCCCUCUUAGUGGCCCCACCAUGUGACCCCCUACGACACUGCAACGCCACGGCUCUGGUGUCUGCCGAGGCGACGGACAAAGGAGUGACCCGCACCGUGCUGGCUAGUGUCAACGUUCAGAGGGGCUACGGCCCGGUCACGCUGGAAAGAGGGGAGCAGGCAGAGCUGAGGACGACGGGUGUUGCCACCUGGCACGUCAACGAGUUUGACGACUGCGAGGACCCCCUGGAGAGCACGGGACAACUCCACGAGGGCGACUCCUACGUCGUCCGCUGGACGUACAGCCUCAGCACCGCUGAGGAGGAAAAGGAAAACAUGGCCUUCUUCUUGUGGCGAGGGCGUCUUUCAGCUGUGAGUGGACGGGAUACUGCUGCAUUUCUUUCUAUUGGGAUGAACAAUAAUGAAGAGUCACAGGUUGUGGUCUGUCAAGGAAAAGAGCCUCCAUGUUUCCUGCAGCUCUUCCAGGGAGGUCUGGUCAUCCACAAAGGCCAAAGAGAGAUCGCCUCUGGUCCAACAGCAGAACAUGGCGAGUCGUGGCGCCUGUUCAGCGUUCAAGGGGAGCUACCAGACGAGGGCUCGUUGCUCGAGGUGGAGUGCUGCUGCGCGGCCCUGCGCUCCAGGGGCUCGCUGGUCUUGGUCAACAGCCAGCAACGGGCGCUCUACCUCUGGACUGGCUGUAAAGCUCUCGCUAGCUGUAGGGAGGUCGCCAAGAGAGCUGUGGAACGCCUGGCUCAAGCGUGUCCACCAGAACUGGGUCUCAGUAGUCAAAGCAGCCCAGUGAAGAUACAGGAAAUAGAGGAAGGCUCGGAGCCUGCGGAGUUCUGGGCGGCGCUGGUACACAUGGACAGGAAGGCCUACGACUGCAUGCUGCAAGAUCCAGGUAAAUAUAACUUCACUCCGCGCCUCUUCUACCUGAGUGCCUCCUCCGGAGGAUUCCUGGCCGAAGAGCUGCACAGUCCGUCGCGUCUGCCCGGUCUCAUCAUGGCCAUGCCCUUCGUCCAGGAGACCCUCUAUGCGGCGCCCCCGCCUGCUCUGUUUUUGCUCGACAACCGCAUGGAGGUCUAUCUGUGGCAAAGAACGCACCCGGUGCAGGAGCACGGACCGGCAGACAGCUGGCACAGCAAGAGGAAGUGCGCCAUGGAGACUGCGCUGCAGUACUGCAAAGAAGUCAACCCCAGACGCCCUCCACUGGCGUACCUCAUUCUGGAGGGCGAGGAACCUUUGACGUUCACUAAUGUGUUCCCUCGCUGGGAGAGGACCGUCGCACAGGGCAGCACGAGACGCUCCAAGCUCACCUUGGUGCAGGACGCCCUGGCCCAGCUGGCAAGCACACAGUUUCCUCUGGAGCGGCUGCUGCAAAGACCCCUUCCGGAUGGAGUAGACCCCCGACAGCUGGAGGUCUACUUGUCGGACCAGGACUUCAAGACUAUUUUGAAGAUGAAGCGAGAGGACUUUGCCUCCCUGCCCAGCUGGCAGCAAGCUGACCUGAAGAGAAACAAAGGACUGCUUUGCCAAAUAGACAAGUAAUGUGUACCUGACAAAAACAAAUUCUAGUACAGUUUAACUUUAUUUAUGUAAUUCAUGGACUUUUUAAAGGCGCACAGACAGUAGAAGACAUAUUUCCUAUCAGUGACUCUACAAAUAACAGGUAGACAAUGGAGAUAAGUCAGUGAAGUACUUUGAGGUGCAUGGGUGCUUGGAAAAAAUGGAAUAAACAUAAGAAAAAAAAAGGUGACCAGAUGACUCUUUACGUCAUGGGUGUCAAACUCUGACCCGCGGGCUUUGGCCCACCGUGUGAUUUCAUUUGACCGUUGAAAAAAUAUCAAAUUAACAUUAGAGCUGGCCCGCCGGUUAACACCACAUUCACCGCUAAUACUCAUACUUGCCAACCCUCACGAUUUUCCCGGGAGACUCCCAAAGUUCAGUGCCCCUCUCGAAUAUCUUUCGGGGAAACCAUUCUCCCAAAUUUUUCCAGAUUUCCACUCUGAUAACAAUAUUGUGGGCAUGCCUUAAUGGCACUGCCUUUAGCGUUCUCUACAACUUGCAGUCACGUCCACUUUCCCUCCAUACAAGCAGCUUGCCGGCCAAGUCACAUAAAACAUGCGGCUUGUACACACACACACACAAGUUAAUGCAAGGCAUACUUGGUCAACAGCCAUACAGGUCACACUGAGGGUGGCCGUAUAAACAACUUUAACACUAUUACAUAUAUGCGCCACACUGUGAACCCACACCAAACAAGAAUGACAAACACAUUUCGGGAGAAGAACCGCACCGUAACACAACAUAAACACAAAUACCCUGAAACCCUUGCAGCACUAACUCUUCCGGGAGGCUACAAUAUACUACCACCAAACCCCGCCCACUUGAUUGUUAUUUUAUUUUCAAAUUUAUUAGCCUGUGGAAAAAGUUAAUGUUGAUUUUUACCUCAGAAGGCUGCAAAUAGAAAAGAGGCAUUCAAUCUUUUAUUACAAUUCUAUUUAAUAUACCAUUGAUGUUUUUUCGUUAUGUUUUUUGAAAGUUGAUUUUGCACUAUUAAGUUAUAUAAGCGUUGCUUGUUCCAUAUUCAGUGUGAAAGCAAAUCAGUGUAGCAAACUGAGCAAUAAUUAACGUUUUAUGCAUGCACUUUCUCUUGCUGCUUCAAGGCUUGAAUGUUUGAUUCAUUCAUUAUUGUUAUUUUAUUUUCAAAUGUAUUAUUAGCCUGUGGAAAAAGUUCAUUUUGAUAUUUACCUCAGAAGGCUGAAGAUAGAAAAGAGGCAUUCAUUUUUCAUUCAAAUUGUAUUUAAUAUGCCAUUGAUAUGUUUUAACUAUUAUUAUUUGAAACUUGAUUUUGCCUGUCUCUAUAAAUUUAUACAAGCCUUGCUUGUUCAAUAUUCAAUGCAAAACUUGUUUGGGUCCCUAUUAAAAGGUUAAUUUCUUUAACCUUGGCCCGCAGGUUUGUUCAGUGUUAAAUUUUGGCCCACUCUGUAUUUGAGUUUGACACACCUGCUUUACGUCUUUAGAGACGCAUUCAGACUAAGCUUGAUUGAGGCGAGACUGGCAGCCGUGUUGGAUGGCAUGUGUUCAUCAGGACAACAUGCUUGGUAGGGCAUUGAAUCCAUUGCAUGUGGACUUUUAGGUUUGUCCUAGACCUGUGGCCUGCAACCUGGGGCUCUCUUAGCCCUCCGUUGUGGCUCCUGCUAGUAUAUUCUUGUGCGUACUGUAGUCACUACGCUGUCCCUUGAG